AUGUCCUACGACCAAAUAACAAAAUACCUUCGCACCCUCCCAAUCCGCCUUCCCCAAACCCAACAAGAGCGCUUCGCCCUCGCCCUAGGCACAACAGCCGCAAUCGGCACCUCCCUCAUCCUCCCCACACUCUACCGCGACUACCGCAUCUUCCGCUCCUACGGAGCAGGCGGCGUACCAAGCAAUGUAUUCGGAUGGCUGAUCGUGCGCGCGAUCUUCCAGCCUUUCAUGGGCGAGAUGUUCGGGACGGAGAUAUACGUGCAGCGAGUACAUGCGCUUGAAGGACACGGAGCCGGCGAAGCGGGGUUCCUUACUCUUGCGCCGGAACAAGUGCGCUCUGGGGAAAGGCCAGUCGUUGGACCGCAUGCUGCGCCUCAGAGGCAGUUGACGCAAUUACCGGACGAGGAGAUUAAAGAUAAACUGCAAGCUGCGUUCAAGGCGUUCGGUCAUCGGAAUCACCAUCUUGUUAAAUUCCAGCGCUCGGGUCAGGAAGCGCAUGCUGAUGCUCUAUUCUUGUCGAAUCACCUUCCAGCUUCCGAUGUUGUGAAGACGACGCAUGGGGAGCUUGCGCAUUUACAUGCGAAUGGCGACUUUUCGGGGCAUAUGCUUUUGGCGCCUGCUGAUUGCAUGAAGGCUAUUGAGGCGGGCUGGGGCCAGCGGCAUGGCUUUUCGGGCAGGAGGGCCUUGUCGGUGCUGAGUUUUGGGACGAUGUACGAUCUCCCUGCGGAGUUUCUGUUGAUAUAUGCGCCAAGGAAUGAUGCCGAAAUUGCAACUUUCAUGCAGAUUGUGGAGGCGGGUAUCAAGUAUACGACUGGACGCGAGGAUGUCCGGUAA